AUGGUAUCGGUGGCGAAAAAGAGAAAAAUGAAUUUCUCGGAGCGAGAGGUUGAAAUUAUUGUGGAAGAAAUAGAGAAACAAAAGCACACGCUCGUUAACCACUUCAAUGCUGGAGUCACCCACAUGGCAAAGAACAACGCAUGGUUGGAGAUCCUAAAAAAGGUGAACGCUGUCACAACCUGCCCUAGAGAGUUGCCCGAGGUUAAGAAGAAGUGGUCCGAUAUGAAGACAGAGGUCCGAAGGAAAGUGGCCCAGGCGCGGGCCGCGAUAGAGGGGACGUCCGCUGACUGCACCACCGUUCCCGUCCUUCUCACAGCCAUGCAGCAAAGGAUCUGUAACCUCCUGGGGGAAGCCACCAUCAUCAGUUUACCUGCAGGAGACUCUGAUGCUGAGAUCACUUUGCCCGUCACGGCGAACGCCACUACCACCGUCACACUCGCGGAGACUCUUCCAGCAGGUUCUGCAACAGUGUGUGAUGAAGCAAAGACACUGAAUGCUGAAACUGCUUAUCAUGCUUUAGAGGACGGCGGUGUAGUAGAGUACUGCACAACUGUAACCGAUUCAGCCCCUGCUGUGGUGGCAACCGUUGAGGCUCCAGUGGAGGUGUUGGCAUCCUCUUCGGCUUCCUCCCCGCCUCCGCCUCAAGGCCACGCUAAACCUCAGGAGCUGAAGAGCCGCAUCGCCCUCAACUCUGCUCGACUUCUACAGGAGCAAAGACUCACAAAUGUCCACAUCCGACAGAUUGCCCAGCACCUUGAGGGUCAGAAUCAGUUGCUGCAGUUGAUGCGUCACUCACAGGAGGCUCAGGCGUUCGCGCAGGAGCGACAAGCCCAGGCCUUGGAAGGUACUCAGGCUGCACUGCUUGCACUGGUGCAGAUGCUCAGGCCGGCUUUGAAAGACUUGCGCAAAUUCCUGCAGAGUGGGACUGAGGUGACAAAAUUAAACAACGCAACAGCGGGAGUGACAACCGAUGGGGCGUUAAUUGAGGAACAGAGCAGGACAACAACACCACCACCUGCUCCCCAGCACACGGAGGAGACACAUUAG